GGCGAGCUUUCCUUUCCCCGAGCGGCGAAAAAAUCCCGACGCUUCCACACUCGAGAGUCGAUAGUCGCGCCUGUCGCGCAGAUCCGCGAGGAUCAGCGAGGAUGGCACGUGAGCUUCACGCGUGCCUCGUCCGCUACUUCGCGCGUCUAGAAAGGCUGGACGACAAGUGGAGGGAAUUGUCGAGGACGGCCGAGAGACCGCUCAAGGCUCUCGCUAAUCAAACGGAGCAAUUGCGCCAUGUCACGAAUGAAAAAAUAGACGGGACGGAAGAUAGUGUGGAUCGAGAAACGCGGGGAAGAUUGAUAUUUAAAAUUCUCAUGGGCCUCGAGGAAGAAAUUGCGCUCCUCUCGGACAUUUUGACGCAGCUUAAUGACGCUAAUCAGGAUUUGAAGAACCAUUUGGUUAAUUUGGAAAAUGCCAGAAGUAAAGUGUCUUUGAAGGACGAAACGAUGCAAGAAUUAAUCAAGGGGACACCUUACCGACCGACGCUCCAGUUGCUCCUGCAGUGGGCCGUGGAGGGCUACCAGUUCUUCCAUAAUAUGUAUCUCCGUAUCAGCGAUUGCAUGAAAUCAAUUAACUACAAGGUAGAGGAGACCGUUGACAAUCUGAUCUCUUCUUUCACGGAAGAGAAGCGCGGGAGGAAGAAUAUAAAUAGGAUUCUUGCUUUUACGCAAUUUCUAGCUGAGGAGACCCUACAUUAGUGAAGAUAUAUGGAUUCAGUAGGAGCAAAGAAAUUUAAAUGGAUAAAACUAUGUAAUCGCGCAGAUAUUUUAUAUACAUUGAUAAAUAACUAUAGUCUCUCUCUCUCUCUCUCUCUCUCUCUCUGCGCACACACACACCAGACCUAGUUUUAUAAUAAAUAUUUUUCAUUAUACAUAUAAAGAAUAGCGUAGUUAAUUACCGAGGUAAUCCAAAUAAUCCAAAUUAAUUUCCACGUAUUUUAAUUUCUUGUACAAUCGCUAUUCUAAUUUCGACCAUCGUGUUUGCAUAAGAGUAAUCUUUUAAUUUUAGAUAUAAGUAUAAAUAUAUAAAAAUUUA